CUGGAGUGAAACGCUUUUCACAAAUUGCCGUUGUUGUACUGGGAGUAAAGUUUUCUCUCCUUAUAGCAUGUAACCACAACUUCCUCAUGUUAGGAUCUGUAGGUAUCCUAAAAAUCCAGAUAUUUUCUCGAAUUACCAAUUAACAGGUAAUUCUCACACAAAAAUGAAUGGGAUGAUUAAAACCAACCUGUAAAACUUCAUUGUCACAUCUUUUCUGCGUCUAUUGCGACAAUUCACCGCACUGCAAGAUUCAACCAUUUUUAAACAAAUAUCACAUAAAACAGCAGCUCUUGAAGACUGUCAGACAUAAAAAUGUUUAUAAUAAUUGUCGCAAACUAUCACUAUUAAUCUUUAACGUCACUAAAAACAAACAUUCACCAAAAAUCCUUAGAACAUGGAAAUACCACAAUAGACCACGAUGUUUUGCCUUGACUAGCGCUAUCCUUCUCGUUUCUCAUUCUAGCCGCAAUGAAUUCGCGUUACGCCUGUUCUAUCAGUGUUGACAGUUCAUUGAUCUGAAGUCGCGAAGCCUCGGUAGCAUUUCGAAAACACUCACCUUAAAUUAAAAUGAUAUUAACAACUCCGAUAUUGGUGUAUCAGUAUGCCAUUUUUGGUUUGUUUGUUUUAGAACCGAUGUGUAAAGGUUUUGUUUACCAACGCCUGGAUCGAGUACAGAUGCUCAUUUUUCAAAAAUCAUGGCGGAUUCUGUUGAGUUGCGUAUGAGCGUUACGUCCAUCAAAAGAGUGGAUCCGUACGUAAAAGACAUUUUAGCUACAGCUACACACGUUGCCCUUUAUAUAUUUAACACCCAAACCAACGAGUGGGAAAAAACAAACACAGAAGGCGCCCUGUUCAUCUACAGCCGCAAUGGGGAACCAUACCAUAGUAUGAUGGUUAUGAACAGACUCAACACGGAUAAUGCCAUCGAGCCCAUCGUAAAGGACUUCGAUUAUCAGAUGCAAGUACCCUUCCUGUUGUACAGAAACUCAAAGAGCAAGAUAUUCGGAAUUUGGUUUUUCAACAGGGAAGAGUGUAUAAGGAUAACGUUUCUCAUAGAAUCUCUGAUGGAGGGGCUGAAAGACAAGAACGACGAGAGGUCGAACAGAAAAGAGUCCAACGUGGACAUCUUCACCAUGCUCUCGAAGGCGCAAGAAGAUUUCAAUAGGACGCCUACAAAGCAAGACAACAUUCCUGCAGCUGCAUAUGUAUCAACACCUAGGGUUCCUGAUGUCACCUCACAGAGUGUGAUGGAUUUUUUUGCCAAAGCUAGUACCAAAACCAGCCAAAAUCCAACUGUUGGAGUAGCUGGUAAUGGAGAGAAUGUGUUGCAGAGGUUAAUGUCAAAUCCUGCUCAUAGUGUAGAACAUAUCGAGAAACAGCAGAGGUCUAUAACGCCUCAAGAACAGAUCAACAUCAGACAGAGGCUGAAUACGGCAAAUGCAGACCGUAGAAGUGUUCCAGUGUCAUUUCCUGAAAAAAAAUUGCACUCUGAGAACGGAUUUCCAGUUAGCGCCUCGCCCUUGCAGUUCCUCAUACAAAAUCAAAAUCAGGGGGCUCAGAAUAACACAACUGAAAAGGACGAUGCUGAUUUGUUGAGAACUUCACCUUUUGCACAGUUUUUAGAAGGUGGUUCCUCAAAACCGACCCUGAUGACGCCGAUGAUGUUUUCAACGUCAAAAUCCAAAGAUGGUAACAAUUCUGAUGAGCGAAUAGACCAGUUAGAUCUGUUGACUGAGAAGCAAUUAGCACAAGCGUUGAUAUAUCUCCUCAAAAUAACUCGGACUUCACGAAGCAGAUCCACGAAGCGUACGUGCAGUCUAUUAUGGAGAAAAUGAAUCCCAGUGGUACCAACAGUCGAUCACUUGUCUAGGUUUACUUUACGCCUAUUUAUUUUAUUAGAUAACUGAUGGGCUGGAAAAGUUGAAGUAUUAUUAAGGACGAGGAAAGCUAGAACAACAUUAUAGAAGAAUGUAUGACGAGUUUCAGAAUCUUGACUGAGAGUUAUACAAAAUUUAAAAAAUGAUAUGGAAACGAUUGAUUCAAUGACUCGCGUAUUAACGGUUUGGUGGACAUGUCGAAAAGGGUUUAUUAAGGAAUCUGUCAGGCCUCUUGCUGCUUUUUGUCCUAUGCAGGGUGUUUCUUAAUGACAUGGGGGUAAAGUUUAAAAAAAAAUCUGUAUUUUAUAACUGAGAUACUAUUGUAUGAAUCAAAGGGCAUUUUCUAUGUACAAAUAAUUCUAUUUCUAAUAAUGGCGCUCGAGCGGGUUUUGCAUUGAAUAUUUUUGGAGAGAAAAAUGGUCAACGCUUCCUCUUCAAGUAAAAAUUAUUUUUGGAAUCCUUAUUACUGAGCAAAUUUGAUCUCUUGAUUUUCUUUUGUGCACGCAUGAUUUUCGAUUUAAACAAUAAAAAUCAGUUUACUUCAGUGUCAAAUUGCUAAAAAUCUGAAGCUAUUUAUUGAGUGCGUUUAACAUCAAGGACAGUACAUCCGAUGAGAAAAAAAUAUUUUUGCCAUGCUUAUUCAUUUUUGAACAAAUUUGAUCACUUAACUUUCUUUUAGCAAUUUGACCCUGAAGUAAAACGAUUUUGAUUUUUUUAAGUGAAAAACACGAAAGACAAUGAGAUUAAAUGUGCUCAGACAUGAAUGAAGGUUUCAAAAAUGAUUUUGAUUUGAAGAGUGGCGUACUAUUUUUUUCUCAAAAAAAAAUCUAUUGCAAAACCCGUACGGACGACACUGCACUGAUAGAAACAAUGAAAUUGUUGGUCCAUCAGAAAAUGUACCUUGAUGCAAAGAAGAUGUGUAUCAAAUGUUAUAGAGAUCUCUGAAAUAGUAUUACAAUUAUUAUAAAAUAAAGAUUUUUUUCUGCAAAGUGUACUAUUCUGUGAGGUUAGGACAUACGAUUCAUUUCUUGAAGUGGAUCCAAGAAUCAGCUUUCAAAUAUUAGCACGCCAUUAAUGUAUUAAGAUUUAUUUAUUCUUUUUUUCUGUUAGAUUACCAUCAGAUUAGACAAGUUUUUUAUUUAGUAUUCACCUUCAUUUGAAACAAUAUUUGUCCGCAGAAAAUGACGACAGUAUGUGCGUGCUAUAAGCUUUUCCAGCUCUAUGUCAUACAUUUUUAUCCACUGACUAUUGACACACUGUUCAAUGUACGUUGUCAUAAUUUUAUCUCCCUACUUUGUACAUCUAGCCCGGUAAAAAAAACUUCCCAAAACCUUGCAAUAAUUCUAUCAUGGAUGACAAUUUGGAUUUUGUUAACUCAAGUAGUCCUUUUUAGCAUAACAAAAAGUUCCAGAUCUUGUGGUAGCAGGUACAUAAAAUUAUUUGAAAAAUAUUUUUAUGUUUGGUCCUGUAAAUUAUAUAGAAAAAAGUUCUGCAGGGUUAUUACGUCAAAAAAACCGACAUAAUUUGACGCUAUUUUUGCUUGCGAUUUGCUCGAAAGACAGUGUGCACAAUAUUUUCACAAACUAUUAUUAAGUAUAUUCUUAGAUUAUCACCUGAAACUUUACCAUUAAAAAAGUUUUAACAAAAAAUUCGAAUUUUUUUUUUGACUUUUCCAAGGAAUAUAAAUAUUAUUUAAAUAACGCUAGGUAUAAAGGAAAAUUGUUUAGUACUUUCAAUGAAGUAUGCUUUCAACUCCUCAUGCUGUGAUUAGUGAGGUUUUAUUCUCUUCAAGAUAUUGAUGAAUAAUGUCAAAAAAUUGUCUUAAAAAUAAUGACUAAAAAAGUCGAAAUUUGUUGUGCUAUAUUAUCUUUUCUAGAAAGUAGAUUUGCUCUUCAGUACAGCAAAUGGAAAAUAAAAGUCUACAAGAGUUUUUUGCUAUGAUGAUAAAUAUUUCCACCAGAUACAUUUUUUGAAGCAAUUUUAACAUAUUCUCGUUAAAAUUUAGCCUUUUCUUUACAUCCUUUGUAAUUUUCAUUAAUUAUGCUUGGUAAAUGUCUCAAAAAACUAUUUUGUCAAUCAGAUGCCUCAAAAAUCUCGCAUACGGACAUUCACGCAAUACGAGCUCUAAAAGAAUUGUCAUAAUCUCGUGAAAGCAUGUAAUAUGAAGAUAUCGUAAACAACCUUUGAAACUUAUUUAUUGAGCCACAAAAUUAUCUUAACUUUUCAUGUACAUAUAGUUUAUUCACUGAAUCAAAGCAGUUACGUCACAAUAAUGACAGUGACGCACUAUAUUGUAUACAGAACCGUAACACAAAAACCCAAAAGUGAAAAAGUUUUUCAAACAUUUUUCAUUUCCUGUCUAUGGUAGGAUCCGGUACUUGUCGUCAUGCUGACAAACAAUAUUUUAAUAACCUAAAUCCAUAUUAUCAUACAUUAUAGAAUUUUUGUCAGGUCAAAAGUAUUCUUUUACUGGGCCAACUCGUUUGUGAUAAGGCUUUAAGGUGGCGUUUUCAAUGACAUUUCAAUGAUUCUUGGAUAAAUUAUUUAAAAACAAACGAUAAGUUGUAAUUCCUUUUGAUAGUAUUCUCUGCUGUUAUUAACAUUUUUUCGAAACAAGUCUUUAGGCAGCAAGUUGCUGAUGUAUUUUUAGAGCUUAGCUAGUUUUAUUAUACAAUCGAUAUUUUUACUAUGUGUUUGACAAAAUAAUUUUUGAAUAUACAUAUAAUGUGAUAGAACAGGAGAAUGUCGUUUUGAAAAUGUCUUCUUGAAUCGUAGCUAAUAUGCUAGAGUUGUAGAUCUAGUAUUUAUAUAAGUACACACACGACUUGUAAACAUUUUUGAAAAAGUUUAAUAUAUUUUUCGUUUUUAUUAAAUUUCAACGCAGGUUAUAUCAGUUGGACGAUUGUUAAAGUUUUGCAUAAAAUACCGUUGAUUGAAGAAAUGUAUUUUUAUUGUUUAUUUCAUCCAAUUCGCU